GGUGACGUCAUCGCCCUUAUAAAUAGGGCGUUGGCACGGGCUGCGAACAUUCCGUGUCUGAGGGACGGGAGGAGACGGGAAGGAGCAGAGCUCGGCUGGAUUGGAAGAGGCACGCGGGCCCCUCGCACAGACCCGCCCAGUGUUGUCUACCUUGAUUGGCAGCAGUUCUCCAGAUUUCAGACAGAGGUGUUUCCUGGUCCUGCUACCUGAGAUCAACUUGCUGGAGCCAGGAACUGCAGGGACCUACUGCAUGCAAAACAUGUGCUCACUCACUGAGCUUAUGAAAAUGGACCCUACUGGUGUAAAAGUGUUGGAAACAGCAGAAGACAUACAAGAGAGACGUCAGCAGGUUUUGGACCGGUACCACAGGUUCAAGGAGCUAUCCACUGUACGACGCCAAAAGCUUGAGGAUUCAUACAGAUUCCAGUUCUUCCAGCGUGAUGCAGAUGAGCUGGAAAAAUGGAUACAGGAGAAACUCCAGAUUGCAUCUGAUGAAAAUUAUAAAGACCCAACUAAUCUACAGGGGAAGCUGCAGAAGCAUCAAGCCUUUGAAGCAGAGGUGCAAGCCAAUGCAGGGGCCAUCAUUAAAUUGGAUGAGACUGGAAACCAGAUGAUUAAUGAAGGGCAUUUUGCAUUUGAAACCAUAAGAACUCGACUGCAGGAACUUCACCGGCUAUUGGAGCUGCUUAUGGAGAAAAUGAGGGAGAAAGGAGUCAAACUUCUGCAAGCCCAGAAACUUGUGCAGUAUUUACGAGAAUGUGAAGAUGUGAUGGACUGGAUCAAUGACAAGGAGGCAAUAGUGACCUCAGAAGAGCUUGGACUGGAUCUGGAGCAUGUUGAGGUUUUGCAGAAGAAAUUUGAGGAGUUCCAGACAGACCUGGCAGCCCAUGAGGAGAGAGUGAAUGAAGUGAACCAGUUUGCUGGCAAGCUUAUCCAGGAGCAGCACCCUGAAGAGGAAUUAAUCAAGUCUAAACAAGAUGAAGUCAAUGCAAGCUGGCAACGUCUUAAGGGGCUGGCUCUUCAGAGGCAGGGAAAACUCUUUGGAGCAGCUGAAGUGCAGCGUUUUAACAGGGAUGUGGAUGAAACUAUAGGCUGGAUUAAAGAGAAAGAGCAGCUGAUGGCUUCUGAUGAUUUUGGCAGAGAUCUUGCAAGUGUGCAAGCUUUGCUGCGCAAACAUGAGGGCUUGGAGAGGGAUCUUGCUGCUCUGGAAGACAAAGUGAAGGCUUUGUGUUCAGAGGCAGACAGGCUGCAGCAGUCCCACCCUCCAAAUGCCUCUCAGAUCCAUGUGAAACGGGAGGAGCUGAUUGCAAACUGGGAGCAGAUUCGCACUCGGGCAGCAGAGAGGCAUGCUCGCCUGAAUGACUCCUACCGGUUGCAGCGGUUCCUUGCAGACUUCCGGGAUCUCACCAGUUGGGUGACAGAAAUGAAAGCUCUGAUUAAUGCAGACGAACUUGCCAAUGACGUGGCAGGAGCUGAAGCCCUGCUGGACAGACAUCAGGAACAUAAGGGAGAAAUUGAUGCCCAUGAAGACAGUUUUAAAUCUGCUGAUGAAUCUGGCCAGGCCUUGCUUGCUGCUGGUCACUAUGCCUCUGAUGAAGUUAGAGAGAAGCUGGCCAUCCUUUCAGAUGAAAGAACUGCCCUCCUGGAACUGUGGGAGCUUCGUCGGCAGCAGUACGAACAGUGCAUGGACCUGCAGCUUUUCUACCGGGACACUGAGCAGGUUGAUAAUUGGAUGAGCAAACAAGAAGCCUUCUUGCUCAAUGAAGACCUUGGUGACUCUCUUGACAGUGUGGAAGCCCUGCUAAAGAAGCAUGAGGACUUUGAGAAGUCCCUCAGUGCCCAAGAAGAGAAAAUUACAGCCUUGGAUGAAUUUGCUACAAAACUGAUACAGAAUAACCACUAUGCUAAAGAAGAUGUUGCUACACGCAGGGAUGCUCUGUUGAGCCGUCGCAAUGCUUUGCAUGAGCGGGCUAUGUAUCGUCGCACCCAACUUGCAGAUUCGUUCCACCUGCAACAGUUCUUCAGAGACUCUGAUGAGCUGAAGAGCUGGGUCAAUGAAAAGAUGAAAACUGCAACUGACGAGGCAUACAAGGACCCAUCGAAUCUGCAGGGGAAGGUUCAGAAACAUCAAGCAUUUGAAGCUGAGCUCUCAGCAAAUCAGAGUCGUAUUGAUGCACUUGAGAAGGCGGGGCAGAAGUUGAUUGAUGUCAAACAUUAUGCGUCUGAUGAAGUGGCUACUCGAAUGAAUGAGGUCAUCAGCUUGUGGAAGAAACUGCUGGAAGCUACUGAACUUAAAGGGAUCAAGCUACGUGAAGCUAACCAACAACAACAGUUUAACCGCAAUGUGGAAGAUAUUGAACUGUGGCUGUAUGAAGUGGAAGGGCACUUGGCUUCAGAUGAUUAUGGCAAAGACCUCACUAACGUUCAGAACCUUCAGAAGAAACAUGCACUUCUGGAGGCAGAUGUUGCUGCUCACCAGGACCGCAUUGAUGGUAUCACCAUUCAAGCUCGACAGUUCCAAGAGGCGGGACACUUUGAUGCAGACAACAUCAAAAAGAAGCAGGAGGCUUUGGUUGCCCGCUACGAAGCUCUGAAGGAUCCCAUGGUGGCGCGCAAGCAGAAGCUUGCAGAUUCCCUUCGCCUGCAGCAGCUUUUCCGUGAUGUUGAAGAUGAAGAAACCUGGAUCAGAGAGAAGGAACCAAUUGCUGCUUCAACUAACAGAGGCAAGGACCUCAUUGGGGUCCAGAACUUGCUGAAGAAGCAUCAAGCUUUGCAAGCAGAGAUUGCUGGCCACGAGCCCCGCAUUAAAGCAGUUACUCAGAAGGGAAAUGCCAUGGUGGAAGAAGGGCAUUUUGCUGCUGAGGAUGUGAAAGCCAAACUGAACGACCUCAAUCAGAAAUGGGAAUCCUUGAAAGGCAAGGCCUCCCAGCGCCGCCAAGAUUUGGAAGACUCUUUGCAGGCCCAGCAGUACUUUGCGGAUGCCAACGAGGCUGAGUCCUGGAUGAGGGAAAAGGAGCCCAUUGUGGGCAGCACUGACUACGGAAAGGAUGAGGACUCUGCUGAGGCUCUUCUCAAGAAGCAUGAAGCUCUGAUGUCAGAUCUCUCUGCCUACGGCAGUAGCAUUCAGGCACUGAGGGAGCAGGCCCAGUCAUGUCGGCAACAAGUAGCUCCCACUGAUGAUGAAACUGGCAAAGAGCUGGUCCUGGCCUUGUAUGAUUACCAAGAGAAGAGUCCUCGGGAGGUUACCAUGAAGAAGGGAGACAUCCUGACUCUGCUGAACAGCACCAACAAGGACUGGUGGAAAGUAGAAGUGAAUGACCGUCAGGGGUUCGUUCCAGCUGCCUAUGUUAAGAAGUUAGACCCAGCGCAGUCUGCAUCCCGAGAAAACCUACUGGAUGAGCAGGGCAGCAUAGCCUUGCGGCAGGAGCAAAUUGACAAUCAGACUCUCAUAACUAAAGAAGUCGGCAGUGUAUCUCUGCGUAUGAAACAGGUCGAAGAACUGUAUCACUCCCUGCUUGAGCUGGGGGAGAAACGCAAAGGCAUGCUGGAAAAGAGCUGCAAGAAAUUCAUGGUUUUCCGUGAGGCGAAUGAGCUCCAGCAGUGGAUCAAUGAGAAGGAGGCUACGCUCACCAAUGAAGAGGUUGGAGCAGAUUUGGAGCAGGUCGAAGUGUUGCAGAAGAAAUUUGAUGACUUCCAGAAGGACCUGAAAGCCAACGAGUCGCGUCUGAAGGACAUCAACAAGGUGGCAGAUGACCUGGAAUCAGAAGGCCUGAUAGCUGAAGAAGUGCAGGCUGUGCAGCAGCAGGAAGUCUAUGGAAUGAUGCCACGGGAUGAAAGUGAUUCCAGGACAGCAUCUCCUUGGAAGUCUGCAAGAAUGAUGGUGCACACAGUGGCAACAUUUAACUCCAUCAAGGAACUGAAUGAGCGCUGGCGAUCUCUCCAGGAACUGGCAGAAGAACGAAGCCAACUUCUGGGAAGUGCCCAUGAGGUGCAGAGAUUCCACAGAGAUGCUGAUGAAACAAAGGAAUGGAUUGAAGAAAAGAAUCAAGCCCUCAAUACAGACAAUUACGGGCAUGAUUUGGCGAGUGUUCAGGCCCUGCAACGCAAGCACGAGGGCUUUGAGAGAGACCUUGCAGCUCUCGGCGACAAGGUGAACUCUCUAGGAGAGACUGCUGAUCGCCUGAUUCAGUCCCAUCCAGAGUCGUCUGAAGAUCUCCAAGAAAAAUGCACUGAGCUGAACCAGGCUUGGAAUAGCCUAGGAAAACGCGCCAACCAGCGAAAAGAGAAACUGGGCGAUUCCCAUGACUUGCAGCGUUUCCUCAGUGAUUUUAGGGACCUCAUGUCUUGGAUCAAUGGAAUCCGUGGGCUCGUGUCCUCAGAUGAACUGGCAAAGGAUGUGACUGGAGCAGAAGCUUUGUUGGAGAGACAUCAAGAACACCGCACUGAAAUAGAUGCCAGGGCAGGCACUUUCCAGGCAUUUGAACAGUUUGGGCAACAGCUCUUGGCACAUGGCCACUACGCUAGUCCAGAGAUCAAAGAGAAAUUGGAAAUUCUUGAUCAAGAAAGGGUUGGCUUGGAAAAGGCCUGGGCCCAGCGGAGAAUGAUGUUAGACCAGUGUCUAGAAUUGCAGCUAUUCCACAGGGACUGUGAGCAGGCAGAAAACUGGAUGGCUGCCCGGGAGGCUUUCUUGAAUACUGAAGAUAAAGGGGAUUCCUUGGACAGUGUGGAAGCGCUCAUCAAGAAACACGAGGACUUUGACAAGGCAAUCAAUGUUCAGGAGGAAAAGAUUGCCGCCCUGCAGUCUUUUGCUGACCAGCUGAUUUCUACAGAUCACUAUGCUAAAGGAGUCAUUGCCAGCCGACGCAAUGAGGUUCUGGACAGGUGGCGUCGGCUGAAAGCUCAGAUGAUUGAGAAGAGGUCUAAGCUUGGAGAAUCUCAGACCCUCCAGCAGUUCAGCCGAGAUGUGGAUGAAAUAGAGGCCUGGAUCAGUGAAAAACUCCAGACUGCAAGUGAUGAAUCGUAUAAAGAUCCAACAAAUAUUCAGAGCAAACAUCAGAAGCACCAGGCCUUUGAAGCUGAACUCCAUGCCAAUGCAGACCGGAUCCGUGGUGUCAUUGACGUGGGAAACUCCCUCAUUGAUCGUGGAGCUUGUGCGGGCAGUGAAGAUGCUGUGAAGGCUCGCUUGGCUGCUCUGGCUGACCAGUGGCAGUUCCUGGUGCAGAAAUCAGCAGAGAAGAGCCAGAAGCUGAAGGAAGCCAACAAGCAGCAGAAUUUCAACACCGGGAUCAAAGACUUCGACUUCUGGCUUUCAGAGGUGGAGGCACUGCUUGCGUCUGAGGACUACGGGAAGGACCUGGCGUCUGUGAACAAUCUCCUGAAAAAGCACCAGUUGCUGGAAGCAGAUAUCUCUGCCCAUGAGGAUCGUUUAAAAGAUCUGAACAGCCAGGCUGACAGCCUGAUGACCAGCAGUGCUUUUGACACCUCCCAAGUCAAGGACAAGCGUGACACAAUUAAUGGGCGCUUCCAGCGGAUCAAGAGCAUGGCAGCUGCCCGGCGUGCAAAGCUGAAUGAAUCCCAUCGUUUGCAUCAGUUUUUCCGGGAUAUGGAUGAUGAAGAGUCCUGGAUCAAAGAGAAGAAGCUGUUGGUUAGCUCAGAAGAUUACGGCAGAGAUCUAACUGGAGUGCAAAACCUGAGGAAGAAACACAAGCGCCUGGAAGCAGAAUUGGCAGCGCAUGAACCUGCCAUCCAGGGUGUGCUGGACACCGGAAGGAAGCUGUCAGAUGACAACACCAUUGGCAAGGAGGAGAUACAACAGAGGUUGUCGCAGUUUGUGGAUCACUGGCAAGAGCUGAAGCAGCUGGCCACUGCUCGGGGUCAGCGGCUAGAGGAAUCUCUAGAGUAUCAACAGUUUGUGGCUAAUGUGGAAGAGGAAGAAGCCUGGAUCAAUGAGAAAAUGACUCUGGUGGCCAGUGAGGACUAUGGAGAUACCCUUGCUGCUAUCCAGGGCCUGCUGAAGAAGCACGAAGCGUUCGAGACGGAUUUCACCGUGCACAAGGACAGAGUGAACGAUGUCUGCACUAAUGGCGAGGAUCUCAUUAAGAAGAACAAUCACCACGAAGAGAACAUCACUGCCAAGAUGAGGAGCUUGAGGGGCAAGGUGGCUGACCUGGAAAGAGCAGCGGCCCAGAGAAAGGCCAAAUUAGACGAGAACUCGGCCUUCCUCCAGUUCAACUGGAAAGCUGAUGUGGUGGAGUCUUGGAUAGGGGAAAAAGAAAACAGCCUCAAGACGGAUGACUAUGGCCGAGACCUCUCUUCUGUGCAAACGCUCCUCACCAAACAGGAAACCUUUGAUGCUGGACUCCAGGCUUUCCAGCAGGAAGGAAUUGCCAGCAUCACCACCUUGAAAGACCAGCUGCUGGCCGCCAAACACAUCCAGUCCAAAGCCAUCGAGGCCCGGCAUGCCUCUCUCAUGAAGCGCUGGAAUCAGCUGCUGGCCAAUUCCGCGGCCAGGAAGAAGAAACUUCUGGAGGCACAAGAGCAUUUCCGGAAGGUUGAAGACCUCUUCCUGACCUUUGCCAAGAAGGCCUCAGCCUUUAACAGCUGGUUUGAGAAUGCUGAGGAGGAUCUGACGGACCCCGUGCGCUGUAACUCACUGGAGGAGAUCAAGGCGCUGCGCGAGGCUCAUGACGCUUUCCGCUCCUCGCUCAGCUCUGCCCAGGCAGACUUUAACCAGUUAGCUGAGCUGGACCGCCAGAUCAAGAGUUUCAGGGUUGCCUCCAACCCAUACACCUGGUUCACGAUGGAGGCCCUUGAGGAGACCUGGAGGAAUCUGCAGAAAAUAAUCAAGGAACGUGAAUUAGAACUGCAGAAGGAGCAGCGUAGGCAGGAGGAGAAUGACAAGCUGCGCCAGGAGUUUGCUCAGCAUGCAAACGCUUUCCACCAGUGGAUUCAGGAGACCAGGACCUACCUGCUUGAUGGCAUAGCAUAUCGUCGUGUCAUUCGUGUCUAUCAGUAUGAAGUUGGGGAUGAUCUGUCUGGAAGGUCUUGUAUGGUGGAAGAAUCAGGAACUCUGGAGUCACAGCUCGAAGCAACUAAACGCAAGCACCAGGAGAUACGGGCAAUGAGGAGCCAGCUGAAGAAGAUUGAGGACCUUGGAGCAGCUAUGGAGGAAGCUCUUAUUCUGGACAACAAGUACACUGAGCACAGCACUGUGGGGCUGGCACAGCAGUGGGACCAGCUUGACCAGCUUGGGAUGAGAAUGCAGCACAAUCUUGAGCAGCAGAUACAGGCCAGAAAUACAACUGGAGUCACUGAAGAAGCCCUCAAGGAGUUCAGCAUGAUGUUUAAACACUUUGACAAGGAUAAAUCUGGUCGGCUGAAUCACCAGGAAUUUAAAUCCUGCCUGCGCUCUCUAGGCUACGAUUUGCCUAUGGUGGAGGAAGGAGAGCCAGAUCCAGAGUUCGAGGCUAUUCUUGACACAGUUGAUCCUAACAGGGAUGGACAUGUCUCGUUGCAAGAAUACAUGGCGUUCAUGAUCAGCAGGGAGACUGAGAAUGUGAAAUCCAGUGAAGAAAUAGAAAGUGCUUUCCGUGCCCUGAGCUCAGAGGGCAAGCCCUAUGUGACCAAGGAGGAACUUUACCAGAACCUGAGCCGGGAACAGGCGGACUACUGCAUCUCUCACAUGAAGCCAUACAUGGACAGCAAAGGCAGAGAACUUCCAUCUGCCUAUGACUACAUCGAAUUUACACGCUCACUCUUUGUGAAUUGAUAAUCUAGCACCAGCCCUAGCUUUAGCUCUGCAGGAUCCUGAGAAUGCGCUUGUCAUAUCAUCUGCCUCUUGGCUGUCUGCAUGUGUCCAUCGUUGUGCUCUAAAAUAAUCAAUGUUACCUUUCAGAUAUAAUCUUAAACUGCUUAGCUUAAAGCUCAGUACAAUGAGCCAUACAUGUUGCAGUGUGCUUCAAUAAAAGUUACUGGUCCAAGUGAAAA